CCUCUCUCUCUCUCUCUAAUGCAAAGCGGCUACUUUCAGAAAGCUCUGUGAAUAACCAAACAGAUAAGUACUUCACUGUUCAGCUCAGCUCAUAUUUCUUCUCCGUUCUGGUCAUCGUAGUCAAAUCAAUCACUGAUAUCAGCCCACAGCUUCAAGUCUUCACAACACCAACUAUAUUACCAAACCAAAUCAGAAACAAAAACAAAAACAAAAAGAAUGCUAGAAAGCGUCAAGUACCUGAUCGGCUCCGUCGGCCCCAGCGGUUACGGCUCUAAGAGCACCGCCGAGCAAGUCACCGACAGCUGCCCCAAUCUCCGCUCCGUCACCGCCAUCAUCACAGGUGCUACGUCGGGGAUCGGAGCCGAGACUGCAAGAGUGUUAGCCAAGCGCGGCGCCAAGCUAGUUCUUCCUGCUCGGAGCAUCAAGGCAGCGGAGGAGGCCAAGACUCGAAUCAUCUCCGAGUUUCCGGACUCCGAGAUCGUUGUCAUGGCGCUUGAUCUCAGCUCACUUACUUCCGUCAGAAACUUUGUCUCCGAGUUUGAAUCUCUCAACCUAUCUCUUAAUCUCCUCAUAAACAACGCCGGUAAAUUCGCCCACGAGCAUGCGAUUUCUGAAGAUGGCAUUGAAAUGACCUUUGCUACCAACUAUCUCGGUCAUUUUUUGUUAACGAAGCUGCUGCUGAACAAAAUGAUCCAGACGGCGGAGGCCACCGGCGUCCAGGGACGAAUAGUGAACGUGUCGUCUGCCAUUCACGGCUGGUUUUCCGGAGAUACAAUUCGAUACCUUGGGGAGAUAAGCCGGAGCAGAAGCAGCCAAUACGACGAGACACGUGCGUAUGCGCUCUCGAAGCUCGCCAACGUUUUGCACACGAAGGAACUCGCUCGCAGGCUCAGGGAAAUGGAGGCCAACGUGACUGUGAACUGUGUGCAUCCGGGGAUUGUUAGAACCCGACUCACCAGAGAACGUGAAGGCCUUGCUACAGAUUUGGUGUUCCUCUUAGCUUCCAAGCUCUUGAAAACAAUACCUCAGGCUGCAGCCACGACAUGUUACGUUGCGACUCAUCCGAAGCUAAUUGGUGUGUCGGGGAAGUAUUUUGCGGAUUGCAACGAGACAUCGCCGUCGAAAUUGGGGUCUAAUUCGGUGGAAGCUGAUCGGUUAUGGUCUGCCUCUGAAGUCAUGGUGUCCAAGGACUCCGGUGCUAUUUUUGCAGAUCAUUGAAGUAGUAGAAGUGGAAUGAUGAUUAAUAUCUCUAUAUUACUAGUAGAUUUAUAUUAAGAACCAUUAGAAGCAAAAUCUUAAUUAGUCUAGUUAAUUACAUGUUAAUUUAUGGUACUUAGUCUUAAUUAAUAUUAUAUAUUGCCAGAUCGAUACAGUUCUCUACGUGGGGGAGAGCUAGAUAGAAAAGAAGAAUAUAGAUAAACCCAAAUAUGUAUAAUAUAUACUGGUACACUCAGCUUUAUAUAUAUAGUAGCUUCAAGUUAUGUAAUGGUAGAGAAACACUUUAUGAUCUAUAAAUAUGAACAAUAAGGUUUUCUUAGUUGGUUGUACAACCAUGGCCAGUA